AUGGAGAGCGAAGAUUUUUGUUCUGCCGACGAGGAUUUAUCAGACCAAACAAUUGACAAGGAUAGUACUGAUGAAAAUGAUACUAUCAACAUUGGAUUUAUGUGAGUGAUGACAGUGAUCGUAUAUUCUCUGUUUCGUUUAAAACCAUUGAUUUUUAAGAUUUCCAAAUUUUUGCUCUAAUAAUUAUAGAUGAUAUACAUAAUUCCUAUGAAUUUACAGAGCAUUAGAAGAUCUGGAUCCAGUUGUUGUUGCCCUGCAAAGAGAAAUUCAAAGUGGAAACCUUCCGCGAGAUCAUAUUUUCUAUAAGAUGCUUGCAAAUGCUUUAGAGUUUGCACAAAAGUCGGGCGACCCUCAAACGCAAUUUAGCCACAGCAAGGACGUUACAUUAUUCACUGAAACUCUCGCAUUCCAUGGCAAGGACAGGGUUAUGAAUUUAUUGUGUGGUCCGGGUUUCAAGGGACAGCAAAAAGGUGGAAAGUAUACUUUCCAUUGGAAUGAUUGGAACCUUCCUUUUGUUCCUUCAAAAUCUACUAGGAACAAAGAAAAGGCAGGAUAUGCGACAAAGAGUGGUAUAAUCAAAAGUCUUUUAAUAACCUUUCUGCUAAUUGUGCAGUUGGAAGAAAGUAAUGUGGUUCCUUUAGUAGACUUUUGCCAAGUCUUCGUACCAUUCCAGUUAGUUUUGCUACCGAUGGAAUUGCUAUCAAACCGGGUCUACAGUUUGAUACACGCGUGAAGAACCUUGUAGGACUUCUUUUUCCAGUCGAUCUGGACUAUGUCAAAAUGAAUCCGUCCCCCAAACCAGAGGGCCUUAAGACAGAGUUUGUUACUGAAGUCAAUUGUGAAAAUGUCACCUCACUCGAUAAUCGAUUAUCCCUUCCUGUUGCGUUAGAAUAUAGCGGAAAACGUGUCUCUGGAGAUGAUAAAGUGGAUACAAUAAACAAACGGGUUAAGCAGCUGCAGAUCUAUCUUCGAUGUUUAAUGCAAGACAUAACAACAGAAAUGAACGUCAUUGCAACUUUAGGAGAAUCAUGCACAAGCCAUUGCUCAGGUACAUAGUAUAUUAUUGCUUCAUAUAUACCGGUAGUAUUUAAAAAUCGCCGUCGUACAUUUAUAGGAGAGUCAUUAGCUUGGUUUGAAAACAGUUUUGUUCACUCUUUUCGUUUUAGAAUGCUUGGAGUGUCAAUCAGUCUGUCCAACUUGUUAUGAGAAGGGACACAAAUUCAUAGACAGUGUAUUGCGUGCCUGUGACCGAUGUCUGGAAUCCGGGUCCAAAUGUGUGAAGCUGCUUGUUCUAGUGUGGACAGCAGAUUGA